UUCGAAUGUUAUUUAUUUAUUAAGGACUAUGAAUUAAGGAACUGAAAGUACAGAUAAAAAGAAGACUAAAAAAUACAAAGCUGUCGAUAUGAUUGGAAAGGCAUUUACAUUAACGUGUGUUUACUUUGUAUGCAACGAAGUAAUGUACGCAAAGAAAAUUGAAGAAAUAUUUACCUGUCAGAAUGAAACAGACUGUAACGAUUUAUUGGAAAAAGACGUUGUGGAAGAAUCGCUGACUAAUACAAUUAAAAGCACUUAUAUUUCAACUAGCGAGAGUUCCAGUAAUCCUGUAGAUCCAACGGAGAGUACAAGGAUUCAAACGACAACUACGCAAAGACCUCGUGAAAUGAAAGCAAAUAUUGAGAUGAAAAAUCGGUCUGUGCAUAAAAUACAAUCUGACAUUUGCGAGUGCAAUUUGGUGGUAUCGUCCUGUGACAUUAAUUGCUGUUGUGACAAAGAUUGCAACGAUUUUCACUUACAAGCUUUUUCACACUGUACAUAUCAUCAAGCAGAUCUGUUUGACAAACGUUACUGUUAUAAUAGGAAUUUUAUACAACGGAAUAACACACCGUUCAUACUUGAAAAAUUAGCAAGCAAUCUAUUUUGCAUUCUGUACGACAAUCUCCCACCUACAUACAGCGUUACGAAUGACUUGAAUAUAAAAACUGAAAAAGAUUUACGGGCUGCAAUGAAACCAAAUAGACUGAAAUGGAAAUGGGAAGACCAAUUACAUGUACCUGAGUAUAAUACCUCUAAUUCUUAUCAAGAUGAUGACAUCGUAUGGAUAAUACAGGAUACUUACAUUCAGCCUUUCGAAAUCGUACAAUCUGGAUUUACCAAUCUAUGUACAUUUAAGAAAACGUUAAAAUACCUUCGUCAGUGGAAAGAUGAGUGUUUACAGACUGAAUUAAAUAAUAGCAACAAGUUUCUCUUUCCAUUGGCAUUUAAUAAUUUUACUGUCGUUACCUCACCACCUCUAUUAAAUGAAACUUACAUCGAGACUUCAGAUCAGAACUGUCCCAGGAAUGUGUGUUUAACAUUAAAUAAUUAUUAUUGCAAACGUUCGUGGAAAGAAUGCAACGACACUGUUCUGUCAGGCUUUUGUACCAACAAAACGUGUUACAAUAUUGUUACCAGUGUGAGAUAUUUGAUUGUUCAUAACGGUUCGAUGGGAAUUAACAGUGUGAAUGUGUAUUUUGCUAUAGGUAAUGUUUCUCAAAGUUUUUAUCAACAAUUUGAAGUAGUUUACGAAUGGUCUGAUUUGGAUAAAGAAAAGAGUUUUUCUCUCAGCGGCAAUCCAGGUUAUAUGAUAGAAAAGCCACUGAUCGUUGGUACUUUGAAUAAAACAAAUAAUAUUAAAAGUAUCAUUUUUAAUAAAAACGACAGUUUCUUAACGUUACCUGUCGCCAGUAGAAGCGGUGAAUGUAGUGAAAUAAACAGGUAUACUGUUUAUUUUGGAGAAGAUAUUAAGUUACGAUGCUCUGUAUCUUUACAUACUGACAAUUUUAAUACUUCGUCUUGUAUGGAGUUACAGAACCGUACUAUGAAUUUCUUGAUGAGAGAUUCUAUGUUUAAUAUUACUGAAACUGAUCAGUACAGUAUUUAUGUUUCGAAGACAGGCAAUUUUAGCAACAAUGAUACAGCUGACUGGGCACAAAUUUUACUCGACAGAGUACCUCAGAAUAUCGUACGAGGGAAAUUAAUCAAUGAUCGUUUACAUUGUUCAGGAUUGAUAACCUCUGUUCAUUUACAUGUAUUAUAUUCUGCUUUAACGAAACCAGAGACACUGACUAAUUAUAAUGUACAAGGAGUAGGUAUUUACUUUUCUAAUGAGUCUGAUGUAUCGUGGACAGCUUGUCUGACUGAUAAUUGUAUAAACGUACUGAAAGUAGAUAUCGUUAGCUAUGUAACAUUCCACGAUGUAUCAAAGCCGUCCAAAUAUUAUUUCGUAGGUGGUCCUAAUUUAGAUCUCACUUUGCCGUACGAUUUCUUUUAUCCUUUCUUAAGUAGCACGGAUUGUAUUAAAUCGAAGAUACAUUUAAUAGUAAUUAGUAUAACGCUCAUUACAAUUUCGCACAAUUCUAUUUAUUUCAUGUAAUUUUAGCACUGAUAUAUUUAAUAUUUAAAAAUGUAUUUAAAUACAUAUUAACUGCAGCAUACCAAAAACGAAUUGUAUGUUUGUAUUU